AUGUUCCGUUUCGCCCAACAUGCGCUGAGACACUGCAGACGAAUGGGCUAUGGGCCUGUUCGCGCAACAGCAAGACAUGCUUCAAGAAGAUCAAAAAGCUCCAAGAACGUAGUUCCUAGCUUGCCACCACCACCUCCGCCUCCCUCACCGUCGAAGAUUCAACUACGCGAGUACCAAGAAGACUGCAUACAAGCUGUGCUUUCGUAUCUCAAUGCUGGCCACAAACGUCUCGGUGUCUCUCUGGCAACCGGCUCGGGCAAGACAGUCAUUUUCACCCACCUCAUCGAUCGCAUACCCGCUACUGGCGAGGCUUCACAGACGCUCAUUCUCGCCCACCGCCGCGAACUCGUUGAACAAGCCGCCCGCCACUGCAGUCUUGCAUACCCCGACAAACAUGUAGACAUCGAAAUGGGCAGCAACCAAGCCUUUGGUGCCGCCGACAUAACCGUCGCCUCCAUACAAAGCAUUACAUCGGGUCAACGACUGGACAAGUUUGACCCCUCGCGGUACAAGCUUGUAUUGGUGGAUGAGGCACAUCAUAUUGUCAGCCAGACAUACCUCGAUGUCUUGGAGCACUUUGGACUGCGACAUCCGGCUGACUGGACUAGUACAAAGGCUCCCGCCCUUGUCGGUGUGUCGGCCACCUUCUCGCGCUUCGACGGAAAGAAGCUUGGGGCUGUUAUCGAUCACAUUGUCUAUCACCGUGAUUACGUGGAUAUGAUUGACGAGAAUUGGCUUUCUGAUGUCGUUUUUACAACUGUCGAAAUCAAGGCCGACUUGAACAAAGUAGGCACUGGCAUCAGUGGCGAUUUUCAGACCGGCGCCCUCUCUACAGUCAUCAAUACCGAAGAAACGAACGAAAUUGUUGUAAAGACAUGGCUGGCCAAGGCAAGAGACCGGCACUCGACUCUCAUCUUCUGCGUUGACCUUAGCCAUGUCACCGACCUCACCGCUAGGUUCCGGACAUUCGGGAUUAAUGCUCAAUUCGUCACUGGCGACACACCAACCAAGAUCCGCAGUGCACGUAUCGACGCUUUCAGGAACGGCGAGUUUCCGGUCCUGCUAAAUUGUGGUGUAUUUACAGAAGGAACAGAUAUCCCUAAUAUCGAUUGCGUGUUGCUAGCUCGCCCCACCAAGUCUCGCAAUCUUCUUGUCCAGAUGAUCGGACGUGGCAUGCGUUUACAUGAUGGAAAGCGGAAUUGUCACAUCAUCGACAUGGUUGCGGCACUGAGCACCGGAGUAGUCUCAACGCCUACAUUGUUCGGCCUUGAUCCAGAUGAAAUCAUUGACCAAGCAGACACCAAGACCAUGACGAAGCUCAAAGAAGAAAGACAAUCCGAGAAGCAACGUGAACAGGAGGCUUCUGAGCUCAAGAAGAGAACUGUCGCAAAGAAGUUACCUGGGACCAUCUCUUUCACUGAGUAUGACUCUGUACACGAUCUGAUAGCGGACACUUCCGCCGAUCAAUACAUACGCAACAUUAGCCAGAAUGCAUGGGUUGGUGUUGGUGACGGAAAGUACGUUCUCACCGGUAACACUGGCAACUACUUAGUUAUAGAGCCAUCCGGGAAUAUCGAAGGUCAUUUUAAAGCGAAGUACUACUGGAAGUUACCGGCGGACAAGAUCAUCAAAAGUCCCUACGGCACACCGCGUGUCGUCGCCGAAGGAGAGUCUUUUGAUCACGUUGUUCACGCGGCUGAUACGUACGCGGCUGAUGCUUUCCAACACUUCUACAUCUCAAAGAACCAACCAUGGCGUAGGGGUCGCGCAUCGCAAGCGCAAGUUGAUUUUAUCAACAAAUUUCGCCCGCAGGAGGAUCAAUUGAAACCAGAGGAUCUUAGCAAGGGCAAGGCAGGUGAUAUGAUCACACGUCUUAAACACGGAGUGAAGGGUCGAUAUGUCAAAGCCAGUGUAAAGGAAAAGACUGAACAGCGCAUGAGGGCUCGCGCAGAAACGAUACAGCAAAAACUCCGAGGGCAAGUACAAGUCGGCCCUUUGGAACAGGGUCAAACACUCAAAGAGAAACUUGUUGGGUAA